AUGGAUUCUAACCCGCUUCACCCAGCCCUCACGGUGACUCAUAUAAAAUCCCAUAUUCCCAUCCUGCUUGAGAAGGACUCUACACAUUACAGUACCUGGAAAACUCUCUUCCAGGUCCACUGUCAAGUGUAUGAUGUCAUCGACCAUCUUUCUCCCAAAAAGUCGGCUGCUACAUCUUCUUCUGACACCGCUGCUGCUGCCAAAGACAAAGACGACGCAGCCGCAAUCGCUGCUGAACACCUCUGGACCAAACUGGACGCUUUGGUUAAACAAUGGAUCUAUGCUACUAUCUCGCAGCCUCUUCUCCGCAUAAUUAUUCAACCAGGCCAGACUGCUCUUGAGGCUUGGACGGCUGUUGAGAAUGAAUUUAAUGAUAAUCAGAACACUCGUGCUAUUUUUCUGGGUCAAGAGUUCGCCAACCUUUCUCUUGAGAAUUUUGCUUCCAUGGGUGACUAUUUUGAUCAUGCCAAACAGAUUUCCGAUCAACUCGCAGCCGUGGGCUCUCCAGUCAAUAAUCGCAUGCUUGUUUUACAGGUUUUAACCGGAUUGACGGAGCAAUACGACAGUAUCUCAACUGUCCUUCAGAACCGUGACCCGCUACCCCCUUCAGUGAAGUCCGCUCCCGUCUGA